CAGAGCCAAAGCCAUACCCACUGAUGACAUCACCUCUUUACUCAACCACUGUUAGGUGAAAGCUUUAACUUCAGACUUUGGAGGUGGGCUGUGCGCACGUAACUGGAAUGCUAUCCCCCUCGCUCUUUCUCAGUGAGGGAGAAGGAAACUGACACAGUGAAAGCGCCUACAAUAGCUUGCUGAUGCUGCUUUUUGUCUGUGGUUUCUGAAACGGAGAGUCUUUAUAUCCAUACUGGAAUUACUGGGGUCCUGCAUUUAUAAAUGGGAUUUCUAGAUUUCUUGUUGCUUUUUUUUCCUACUACAGCCUACUGGCAAUGAUUGAGUGAAAUAUCUGAGGAAAUUCCUUGUUAUAUGCAUUAGCAUAUUUUCAUUUCUUCAUGAAGAAAAGCCUCUGAAUUAAAAUUAAAUUCUGUCAAAAGGAGUGGGCACCUGCAAAUACAGACAGAAUGAGGAAAUACUCUAAACUGGAAAUCGUGACCAUGUUCUAAAUGAAUAGUAAAGCCCAGCAAGCAUGGAUUUAUCCGAACAUACUUGUUGCUUAAGGUUUAUUGCUGAAUGAUUCUGGACAAAAAAGGAUCCCCAAUUUAAUGAAGAAGCCAUCAUAAUUCAAGCCUUGGCACCAAUAGUUGCAAAUAGUUUUACACACAUGGAACUGAAAUUGCCAUCUUUAGCUAUACAAUACAGAAAAGCUUCUGAGAAUUACGAAGAAUGCCAUUUUUAUUAAGGAUAUUAAAUCAAAACAAAAGAGGUUCUUCACAUACAGACUUAAAAGAAGAAGGGAAACCCUCUCCCUGUUCUUAGAACUCUUCUUCCAGCAGAGUUACAGGACUGUAAAACUUUUCUGUUAGCAACUGGAUGCUUUUAUGUUCCAUGAUCAAUUUUUACAGAAAAUGCUUACUGAACAUAAUGGAGCUUACCAGGAAAGAUAUUCUAUCCAUGAGGAUAAUUUAAUGUAUUGAUGUAAAAGAAGUACAAUUAUGAGAACUAAACAAUAUAUUUCUCCCAAGUCAACCUUUUUCUGGAAAACUGGAUGUCCAUUGGAUUAGUAAGCACAAACUAUUCCCUCAUAUAUUUAAAUAAGGUUACUGAAAAUUAAACACUAGUUUGUGUGCAAAUCUCACUGCAACUUGACCAUGAUCAGUGUAACCUGGAGCUUCAUCCUUAUUUGGACAAAGAUAGGGCUGUUGCUCAAAAUGGCACCUCACUUUAUCGGUGCCAAAUCAUGCCCUUCUGUGUGCCGCUGUGAUGCAGGAUUCAUUUACUGCAAUGAUCGUGACUUGACUUCUAUUCCAACUGGGAUUCCAGGGGAUGCUACAACUCUUUACCUUCAGAACAAUCAAAUUAAUAAUGCUGGAAUUCCUUCCGAGCUAAAAACCUUAAUAAAAGUAGAGAGAAUUUAUUUAUAUCACAACAGCUUGGAUGAAUUCCCUAUCAACCUUCCAAAAUACGUCAAAGAAUUGCAUUUGCAAGAAAAUAACAUAAGGACAAUUACUUAUGAUUCACUGUCACAAAUUCCUUAUCUAGAAGAAUUGCAUUUGGAUGAUAAUUCUGUUUCUGCUGUUAGUAUUGAAGAUGGAGCCUUCCGGGAUAAUAUUUAUCUCAGACUACUUUUUCUUUCUCGAAAUCACCUUAGCACCAUUCCCUGGGGCUUGCCUAAAACAAUAGAAGAGCUGCGCUUGGAUGAUAAUCGUAUUUCCACAAUUUCAGAGCUGUCCCUUCAAGAUCUUACAAAUUUAAAACGUCUAGUUUUAGAUGGAAAUCUCUUAAGCAAUCAUGGAUUAGGAGAGAAGGUCUUCACAAAUCUAGUCAAUUUAACUGAACUCUCACUGGUUCGUAAUUCUCUUACAGCAGCUCCAAUAAAUUUGCCAGGCACAAAUCUGAGAAAGCUUUAUCUACAAGAAAACCAUAUCAAUCAUGUACCACCUAAUGCUUUUGCAUAUCUACGACAACUAUAUCGUUUAGAUAUGUCAAACAACAAUCUCAGUAAUUUACCUCAGGGUGUCUUUGAUGACCUAGACAAUAUAACCCAGUUGUUUCUUCGCAACAAUCCUUGGCGCUGUGGGUGCAAAAUGAAAUGGGUUCGUGAUUGGCUACAGACCCUGCCUCUCAAAGUUAAUGUACGUGGACUGAUGUGUCAAGCACCAGAAAAAGUGCGUGGGAUGGCUAUCAAAGACCUCAACAAAGAGCUAUUUGAUUGCAAAGAUGAAGAUAUUGUAAGCACGAUCCAAAUUACUGCUUCAAUACCAAACACUUUAUAUCCUGUGCAAGGACACUGGCCCCUUUCUGUGACCAAAUCUCCUGAAAUAAAGACUGCUAAUCCACAUAAAAAUUACAGAACAGCUUCCCCAGCACAGGAAAUCAUUACCAUUGUUGUAAAAUCCGUAAGCACGGAGACUAUUCAUAUUUCUUGGAAAGUUGCACUACCCAUGACUGCUCUGAGACUUAGUUGGCUCAAAAUGGGUCACAGCCCAGCCUUUGGAUCUAUAACUGAAACCAUUGUUACAGGGGACCGAAAUGACUAUUUGCUCACAGCACUUGAGCCAGAUUCCCCAUACCGUGUAUGCAUGGUUCCCAUGGAAACCAGUAACAUUUAUCUAUAUGAUGAAACUCCUGUCUGUAUAGAGACUGAAACUGCUCCCCUUAGAAUGUACAAUCCUACAACAACCCUAAACCAUGAACAAGAGAAAGAACCAUAUAAAAACUCUAAUUUGCCCUUAGCUGCCAUCAUAGGGGGUGCAGUGGCACUGGUAGCUAUAGCAUUGCUUGCUUUAGUCUGCUGGUACGUCCACAGGAAUGGUUCCUUGUUCUCAAGAAAUUGUACCUAUAGCAAAGGACGGCGAAGAAAAGAUGACUAUGCUGAGGCUGGAACUAAGAAGGACAAUUCCAUCCUAGAAAUCAGGGAGACUUCUUUCCAGAUGAUCUCUCUGAACAAUGAGCAAGUGUCUAAAGAGGAGUUUGUAAUACAUACCAUAUUUCCACCUAAUGGGAUGAGUCUGUAUAAAAACAACCACAGCGAAAGCAGUAGUAACAGAAGCUACAGAGACAGUGGUAUACCUGAUUCAGAUCACUCACAUUCAUGAUAGUAAGAAAAUGGAAGACUUGGGGUAGCUACUUUUUCUCACACAGGAAGGCAACUUUACUGGUUGCUGGCCUACUACAGAACACUGGA